AUGAACACAAGAGCCAGCCUGCUUGGUGCGGGAGUCGCGCGGGGGUGGAGCCCGCUGGGGCCCUGCCUCACGCCAGCCGCCUGCGGCCGCGGCGCCUGGAGCCAGCUGCCCUCGCCGCCUCAGAGGGCAGGCCAGCUGGUGGCCAGGACCCGCAAGCUCACGGGCCAAAGCACGGAGCAGAUCAGCCGGGAUGGCGGCGGCGGCGGCGGCAGCAUCCGCGGCGGCAACCACGGCGGCGGCGGCGGCGGCGGAGGUGGCGGCAGCGGAGGCGGCGGCGGCGGUGGCGGCGAGCGCCACCCGCGCCGUGCGCUGGCCUUGGCGACGGUCAAAUGGACGGCGGCGGCGGCGGCGGCCGCUGCGGCCCUUGUGGCGGCGGCGCCUUAUGCGCUCAGCCACCCGCUGGGCCUGCGGCUGGCCCUGGCAACAGCCAACCUGGCGGUGCCAGCCCCCGUUUCUUUCCACCUGGAUCGGCUGGAGGCCGGCUGGCAGCAGCCGCUGCAGCUGCACGGCCUGCGCAUCGUGGAGCGCAGCAGCGGCAGCAGCAGCGCGGGCGCCGACGGCGGCUUGGACGGUUUUCGUGGGGCCUCCUUCGAUCCCAGCAGCAGUGAGGAGGAGGAGGCGGCGGCGGCCCCGCCGCCGCAGCCCGCCGCGGCCGCUGCCGCCGGCGCGGCAGGCGCCGGCGGUGGCGCGAGGCACAGGCAGCGGGGCCGCGGGACGGGCGGCAGCGCAGUCGCCUCGCCGCCGGCAGCGGCCGCGGCGGGAGCGGGCGGCGCCAGGCGGCGGCGCACGCUGGUGCAAGUGGAGCGGCUGAGGACUGGCCAGACGCUCUGGCAGCUGCUGAGGGGCGAGCAAGUGGAGGCGAUUGUGAGCAGGCCCCAGGUGGACUGCACCUUUAAUGCGGCAGGCACGCCCCGCCUGCUGGCCGUGCUGCAGCAGGCCGGCCUGGUGCCCGUGCCGCACCCCGCCCCCAAGGCCCCCGGUGUGCCGCCCUCGACGGCCGCGCAGGCCGCCGUGCCGCCCGGCGGCAGCCAGGCCGGCGCCGGCGCUGCCGCCGGCGCCAGUGGCGGCAGCGGCAGCAGCGGGUCCGGCGGCGGCGGCUCAGGGGGCGGCACCUCAGGUGCUGGCCGGGGGAAGGCGCCGGUGCCUGCCGCUGAGCUGGCAGACGCCCGGGUGGCGGCAGCGACAGAGAGGGCUAGGAGAGAUGGGAAUGACAGCAGUGAUAGCGACCAUGAGGAGCACCCUCUGCCUUCCCUGGCCGAAGCGGCGGCGGCGGCGGCGGCGAUGACGGCGGCAGCCAAGCGCAAGGGGCAGCAGCAGCUGCGGGGCGCCGGCGCCGGCCCCGGCGACGCAGGCUCCGGCCCCGCCGCCGACGGCGGCGCGGCCGGCCAGCCCGCGGCGCCGCCCCCGGUGGCGCAGCAGCAGCAGCAGGCGGCGGCGAUGCAGGCGGCGGCGGCAGGGCAGCGCGGGGCGGGGGCUGCAGGCCUGGCAUCGGCUGCUGUUCAGGCAGACGACAGCGACAGCGACAGCGAUCACGAGCAUGCUGGCCUGGCGGCGGCGGCUGCCAGGCGCAAGGCCGGCGGUACCCGCAGCAGCGUCACCGCCAUGUCACCCGUCGCCCUGCUAGGCUACAUGGCGCCCGCUCGGCCCCAGAGGCAGCAGGGCGCCGCCCCCGGCAGUGGCAACGACGGCGGCGGCGGCGGCGGCGGCCGCGGCACCCCCACAGCCGCCAAGAGCUGGCUGCCUGAGAGCCUGCAGCAGGCCGGCAGCGCUGUGGCGCUCUCAGGCGAGCUGCGCCUGGGGUCCGCCGCCGUGUAUCUCUCAGAUGGCGCCCUCCUCGUGCCCUCGGAGUUUAGGGAGCUGCUGGGCGGGCACGUCCAUUUCGAGGUGCUGCGCGGCCUUGCGGCGAUAGAGGAGGCGGCGGCCAACGAGCUUCCCGCUGGCGAGGCGGCGGCGGCGGCCGGCGGCGGCGCCGCGCGCAGCAUGCCUCAGGCGCCUGUGAGCCUGCGCCUCGACUCCCAGCACAUGCGCUUCCGGCUGCAGGGCUGGCAGACGGCCCGCGGCUUCACAUACCUGCACCGCCCGCUGGAAGCCAGCAUGCAGUUCACCCCCGCGCUCGGCAGAUACCUGUUUGCCUACCUGCACCCAGCGCUGGGCGGCACGGUGGGCCUCAAGAGCAGUACGGUGGUCCAGGCCAAGCUGAUGCCCCACGACGGCCUGUGGCCCACCAACCAGGCCACGCUACAGGUGGAGCCUCUGUCUGUGGAUGUCGGGGAGUCGCCGGUGCUGCGCCAGUCUGCCGGCGUGCUGGCUGUGGCCGCCGGCAAGCUGAAGCUGGGCGGCAGCCUGCGGGCGGAGCUGUCGCCGCUGCAGGCCACGCUGUGCUCCGAUGGGCGGCUGACCGCCGAGCGGCUAGAUAUCAGGAUAGGCCUCAGCCCCUGGAAGCAGGGCCUGCACCUGGUCAGCUGGGGCAGCGCCAGCCUGAGGCCGCCUGCGGUGCUGGAUGCCACCGUCUGCAUACCGGGCGACGCGCUGGCGGCGCUGGGCCUGCCGCCGCUGCCAGAGGGCGCGGGCCUGCCGCUGCACAUCGGCGGCACGCCCACGCAGCCGCAGCUGGAGAUUGCCAGCGCGACCAAGCAGCUGGCGGUUCUGGUGGCCAAGCAGCAGGCCGCCAAGCUGGCGUCGUCCAAGAAUAAAGACAUGCCGCAGGCAGGGAGCGGCGGCGGCAGCGGCAGCAUGCUGGAAUCCCGCUGGCUGGCGGAGCAGCUGCAGCAGGGGCUGAGCGGCGGCAGCGAGGAGUGGGGCAUUCAGAUGCCGCCGCCAUUGGCAUGA